AAUUUCAAGGUACGAGGCCGCCCCGACCGUCGACUGCCAAUCGAUUGCCAGCGGAGACCCUGCUUGGACUUGGGCGAUCAGUUGAGAAGUAGCCUCUCAGGAUCGCGACUAAUGGCAAAUUCUUCUGCGAGCCCUAUGUCCCUGAGGGAUAACAGGAUUACAUCAUCGUUUCGUAUUUAUCAUUUAUAACGGUUCAGCUUACUUAUAUGUUUUUUUUGUAUAUCUACAUAUUAAGUACGGUUAUAAAAUACAGACCUCAAACUUGGUGUGAUAAUAAAGAAAAAUACACUGCAUAAUUAACAUGAUAAAAACUAGUUCCAGCACAAGUCGAAAAAAAAAAUUAAACAUUGUAAAAAUGUUGUGAUGGUACUGAAUCCUCGGGGUGCGAGCCCAACUCGCAGUUAGCCUUUUUUUUUAUCCAGGGGGGCCCCGCAAGUUAUUGUGCUAAGGGCCCCGCGCCUUCUUAAUCCGCCCCUGCUUUUUGGUAAAAAUACUAGAAGUCGUUACACUGAGUAUGACAACUCUCAUUGUCAAAUUCAAUACUGUCACUCAAGCAAAACAUAUUAUCCUUAUCUACCCAUUAAUUUACAAUAUUUUGUUAAAUGAUUAAAAUUGACGAGUAUUCAAUAUAAUAAAGUAAACACUAUGUGAUUUCAUAUUAGCCUGUAAUUUUUGAGGUACAUUUAUUGCGCGAACAGCUUUGUAAAUGGUAGAUCCAAACAAGCCCACAAACGGCUCGGUGGAGGCAAGCAGGCCAGCUGCAAGUGCUGCACCUCGCUCUGCGCGGCCAGAUUUUGUAAUCAAAGCAACAGGAGAAGAAGCUAGAAACUAUGACUAUGCCGCUGCCAGGCUUGAAGCGGGCCCUAUAAAAACCACCAAUUUCAUCGAAGCGGUGGGCAACUUGAUUAAGACAUGCUUGGGCGGUGGCGUGGUCGGCAUCCACGCGGCCUACAAGAAGUGCGGACUGUUCACCGGGCUUGUGAUCAACAUCUUGGCCGGAAUGAUGCUUAUACACAGCAAGUAUAUCCUGGUGUCAUCAGCACAGCUCAUGUACGGACGGCUACAGGUGCCAAGUCUCACGUUUCCUGAACUCGCCGAGGCGUCGCUGAAGACGGGCCCGUUCCCAAAACUAACUAAACAUGGCCACAUCUUCAGGUACAUGGUUGACGCAACACUCUGCAUAAACAUAUUUGGCUCUUGUAGCGUGUACUCAGUCAUCGUAGCUCGUACUAUCAAGCAAAUUCUGGAAGAAGCUCAGGUCGUAGGAGAAGCAAGCAUACGCAUAUACACUGCUUGUAUGCUCAUACCCUGUAUUCUUAUCGCCAUGAUUUUGAGUUUGAAGUAUUUGGCGCCAUUUUCUAUCGUGGCGAACAUAUUAUUGAUAAUUUUGGCUUUUUCUACAAUAUACUAUGGAUCGAAAGCAGCCACCAAGUCCCCUUCAGAGUUUCCACUUAUCAAGGACGCAAAGGGUUUUUUUGAGUUUCUAGGCGUCUGUAUAUUCAGCAUGGAAGGCAUUGGCAUGUCGAUUCCGAUCGAGAAUCAUAUGAAAGAACCGAAGAAAUUUCCUUUAGUGAUAUGCACGGGCAUGACAGCGGUGAUUAGCAUCGUAGGUACAAUUGGAUUUUUCGGCUAUUGGGGUUAUGGUGAGGAGGCCCGUACUCCCAUCACCAUGAAUUUUCCUUGGAAAGUUUACCCGAUCAUUUUGAAAUGCAGCUUAGCGUUGGUUCUCUACGUGACGUUUGCGCUCAACUUCUGGGCCCCCUUUAACCUGGUGUGGUAUUACAUCAAGGUGAAACACAACCCGGAAAAGUAUUGGUGUAUCGAGCGGCUGUAUAGGGCUGCAUUUGUGAUCGCGCUUAUCUUGCUCGCCAUCGCAUUCCCGAAUAUCAACGCCUUUAUGGGAUUUAUCGGUUCUUUCGGCGUUGGUUUCUCGGCCUUCAUGUUCCCAGCGACCAUCGAGAUCGCAGUCAAGUGGCACGAGCCAGGCCUAGGCUGGCGCAAGUGGCGGCUAUACAAGUUCUUCAUAGUUUUCGGUUUCGGCAUGUUCCUGUGUCUUAUGGGAGGCUACUGCAAUCUCGGGAACUUGUUGAUGGACGAGGCAUAAAAAAGGGUUUUGUUGGAUUUUAAAAACCAUAUGUGUCAAUCAACUGCACGAGGUGAGAUCAAAAAGCCUCUUUAGAUUUAAAAUAGGGCCACCAUAGGAACUUCGUUGGAUUUUUAAAUAAAAUUUAGCACAAGAUUGCGUUAGGAAAAAAACGACGACGAGACAAAGAAAUCCUUCAAAUUUGGAAAAGGUAGUCUGGCAGUCGAUAGCGCUAUCUAAAUGCGAAACAAUCCUUUGUGUUUAAAUAUAACCCUAUGGAACUUGUGAAUGCGGUUAAAAAACAGUCACUCAGUAAAGAAAGGCGCGAAAUUCAAAAUAUGAAUGGGUGGUAGAUCCUUUGCGCCUACUAUUUUUAAAUAUGCUGCCUUUUUCUACUAACAUAGAUGGCUUGCUAGAGCAUCCCUACAGUGUUUAUCGGUUUUACAUAGCCCAACGUGAUUGCCUUGUUAAAACCUAUUGGUUUCUCGGCCUUCAUGUUUCCAGCGACCAUCGAGAUCGCAGUCAAAUAGCACAACGCGACCUAGACUGGUGCAAGCGGCGGCUAUACAAGUUCUCCAUAGUUUUCGGUUUCGGCAUGUUUCUGUGUCUACUGGGAGACUAAGGAAAGAACAUCAGGAACUUGUUGACGUACUUAAUAAUUUGGGAUUUCAAAAAGUUUUGUCACUCGACUGCACAGUGAGCAAGGAGUACCUUUGGAUUUUAAAUUUUUUUGGCUGUCGAUGGAACUACCUAAAAUGCGAGGAAAUCCGUUCUUAGAAAUAUAUGCUCUCGUAGCGCUAACGCUAUGUAUUCCUAAAGAAAUCCUUGGGAUUAAUAAAAUAGAUAUUCUGGCUUUCGGUUGCGCUAUGCGAAUACGAAGAAAUACUUCGAAUUUGGAAAAUCGAGUCUGGCUCUCAAUUAGUGCUGUAUAAGCGCACUAUGUGAAUGCAUGGCAGUCCGAUGCAUCGAAUACGAAGAAAUCUUUCAUAUUUUGAAAAGGUCGAUAGCGCCGUGUAAAUAUGAACAAAAUCCUUCGGAUUAAAAAAGAUAGGUACUGCGGCUUUCGAUUGCGCAAAGCGAAUGCGAAAAAAACAUUCAGGUUUUGAAAAGAUAUUAUGUUUCUGGAUAUUGCUGUACGGCACAUGACCAAUCUCUAAUCCUAACAUUUGUAUUGUACUUUUUUGGAACAAUUGUAACAUAGCAUCUACAAUAAAAUUUGUUACUAUGUC